UAUAAUAUUGGGAUGGACCUCAUACGAGCGCCGAUCAUCUCCGCCGUCACUUUCAAGUAGUCCGUGUCCAAAUUAGUUAGCGAUAGGAUAAGAAUUUUCACUUUUUCUGCGUCUUCUUCGAGUGAUCUUCUGUUCCUGAGACUCGACGUUGAUAAAGUAGUGGAUUUUGUUUUAAACUAAUCUUGGAGAUAUCGCAGUGCUGUAGCUCCUGAAGAUGAGAGUCGUUUUCCUCUUCGUCUUGGUCUUCUCAGUCGCUGUGUGUGAUACUGAGCUGAAGUUGGAGGCAACUGAUGGAGAAAAUGUCACUAUACCCUUUAAAACUGCUGAACUGGAGAGAGCCGAUCGAGUGAGGAUAACUUUUGAAAGAGAUGGUCAGAAAAAGUUGGUUGCUCAGUACUGUCGCUGUGCUGAUUGUGGAUACUGUCGUGUCGUGGAAACACCUGGAGUCUUACUGAGAAUUGAAGAAGGAACCGCGUCCUUGAUUCUUCUGGACGUCAGCUCCAGUAACUCAGGUCUCUAUGAAGCACAAGUGUUCAACGGAAACAAUGUGUCUGAGAUACAAGCUACACUUGUUGUCAAAGAACCAGUAUUGUCCUCCACCAAAGAGACACCACAGACCUCCUCCCCAAAACCUCCUGACUCCUCUGGACACCUGUGGCUGUGGCUGUGUGCUUUACUGAUUCUUCCAGUGUUGACUGUGAUCGGUUUCCUCUUGUUUAAGAAACGCAGGAGGGAUCAUGUGGCACUACCUUAUACUGGAGAAACCAGAGAAACCUCCGAUGUCUCCAGCGCAGCAUCUGCAAAAAAAUACAUGGGAAAAAAAUUGCACUGGUUGUGUAGCGGUCUCCUUCAAGACUUGUAGAGAAGAGACUGAAGAUCAUCUCGUGCCUUGAUUCUGAGUGUCUCGAACACAAGCGAUGUCUCACGAUGUUCUCACUCGAAUGGGAGGUGUGUUACAAAUAAUGUUAGGUGAAGGGAAAAUCAUGGACCUGACAACCCUUGCUUGAACUUUUAUAAAUAUUGCAAUAAUU